AUUUAUUAUUUGCCGGUAUUUUUUGCAAUGUAUGGCAUAUAUUUAGCAACUGUUUUUUUACGAUUUGCAGUAUAGUGAUUUUUUUAAAGAUUCGGAUUAAAGGUGAUGCGCGCGGAUUUCAAUCAUACAAUCAAAUCAACAUGGCCUAAUGAAAAGCAAUCUGUAUCAACGAUGAUUGACAGGACUACUGCACGAACACGGAAGGUUGCCAAGGGAGAAAAGGCGGCCUAAUGUCAUGUUGGGCUAAAGUAAACUUCAUCGCAAUCUGCGAGUUCAAACAGCAGCAGUAGAGAAUGAAUUCAUAGGCCUUUGCUAACAUUAUGUUCACGGGAGUGACUCAAUGUUUCUACAAAAGUCAUUAGAACUGGUCUGAUUGCAGCCGCUGUCAAGAAAUCCCUUCUUCUUAACAUUUUGGCUUUUCUAUAUUAAGUGUUAUAUUUAUUGAUAUAUUUAUACUUAUUAAAUGGAAGGUCAGUGUUUGAUUAAGAAAUGUUGUUAUGGGAGAGAGAGGCGAUCUCUGGCAUCACUAAGCCCGCUUGAUUGUCCAUAUCCCCCCCCCCCCCCACGUCGAAAAUACUGGCAAAGGCGCGAUGGGGACCAUGGACACUAACGGACUCUUGCUGAUGUACUGCCUUAUCUUAGUUUUCCUGAUAACUCACGCAAACCUGUGUUUGGGCAGAAAUGACAAGGCCGGAGUCAAUGGCGAGUUUUCACCCUUCCAGGCCGAGAAAAAAGCAGGAAAUUUCCUAAAGAGUCCAUGCCCAUCAAGGCAGGUCAAAAGGGUAUUGUAUCACGAGUGUUUUGUCGAACACUGUAGCUUCGAUGAAGCUAACGACCAUUUCCUUGACUGGGGUUGGACGAUGGAGUACCUGUACACUAUGGCGUGCAGACUAUGGCCAUGUGGGGCUGGUUGUAGAUGCGACAGGGCGCACCCAGGUUUGUCUGGGAGCGGACCACACUGGAGGGUGUGUACCGGUACGUUUGAGACACAGCGGUUUUUCACACUGCAAUAG